AAUGAAGGAAUAUGAGGACCUUGAUAAAAUACCAGAGUCUUCAGGUAAGAAUGAUAAUCAGCAGACUAUGGAGAUGGAAGAGAUUGACCAGAAAAUAACCCUCUUUGAUAGUUACGUUCUUGCAAUGAUGAUGCUUAAUAAUGUUACUUCUCAAUGAGUUUCCUAUCUUCCAGCCUAUGCUAGCCCAGGUGAUGAACCCUUUACGAAUCUAGAGCUAGACCUAGGCCUUACCAAAACUCAGUAUGGGAUUAUGACCGGAGUCACCUUUGCAUUGAUCAAUGGAGUUUUCUCAUUAGCUAGCGGAGUCAUUGUAGAUAGGCUAUCUCGGAAAUACACCAUGAUUGUUGCAGGAAUAUUCUGGGGUGGUCUGACAAUUGCCCAAAGCUUUGCUAUCAACUUUGUUACAAUUUUUAUACCAAGAAUAGUUAUGGAAAUAUCAGUUACAGCAUGAGGCUCUGUUGCUAUCAGCAUCAUUUCGGAUUACUUUGCUCCCAAAUAUCGAGCAAGGGCCUCUAGUAUUUACAUGCUUGGACUUUACAUUGGAGUUGCUGGAAGCUCUCUUGCUUUAAUCUCUGUCAAAAAUAUUGGUUGGCGAAAUACAUACAGAAUAAUUGGAGGAAUAUCUCUUUUGGUCACCUUUUUCACCAUUUUCAUCUAUGAACCAGUUAGAGGAAGCUAUAAUAAUGCUGCUAAAAAGAACCAGCUUAAGGAACUAACUAAAUCAGUAUCUAAAUGUUCAAGACUCUAUAAGAGUGCUAAAACAGUACUAAGUAGCCCUCUGUUUCUGAUCUUAUGAGCUGCAUCUGCUUUAAGAUUCUUUGGAGGAUAUGCCAGCGGAUUUUGGCAGUCUAAAUUUUUCCAAAAUGAAUUCAAGGAGUAUCAAAAUGAAUAUUCCAUAUUAAGCGCAUUGACUAUUUUAAUCCUUGGGGUGUCAGGAUCUUACACUGGCGGAUAUUUAUCCGAUAAGUUCUCUAAAACCAGACCUCAACUACAAGCCUUCAUGGGAGGUAUUGGAGCAUUAAUUGCAUUUCCAUUCACUGUAGUUGCAUUCACUCUGAGUAGGAACUUCUGGCUUUCGAUCUUCAGCAACAUGGCUGCAUAUUUUCCUUCUGAAAUGUGGUUAGGCCCAACUUACGCAUUAGUCCAAAAUAUGUUUCCAGCAGAGAUAGUAGGAACAGCCAUUGCUAUCCUAAGUUUCUUUGGAGGUAUUGCAGGAGCUAUCUCCAAUAUUUUGCUAGGAGCUCUAGGAGAUGCACUAGAAACUGAGGAUAAUGGUAGAAUUGCUGGGUAUUUACUCACUGUAUGAUUUGCAAUCUCAUAUAUCGGCUGAGCUCCUCUGUUUAUAAUAGCUGGAAUUCUGUACAAAAGAUUUAUAAUAAAAGAGCGUAAAGAGUCUAUUGCUGAAAUUAAAGACUCUGAGAUUCAAGAAAUUAACAAGUUCAGUGAAAACAGUAGUAAUUAGCACCUGUGGUUACUUUUAUAAAGUACCUAAAAUCAGAUAAGUUAUAAUCAUA